AAUCAUUUACCCUUAGACCCAGCAGCCGGGCUUGGAGGCUGGAGGACUUCCUAGCUGGGUGACCCUGAGCAAGUCACUUAUCCCUCCAUUGCCCAGCCCUUACCGCUCUUUUGCCUUGGACCCCAUCCUUAGCAUGGAUUCUGAGGCCGAAGGGAAGAGCUUUGUUUUAAGGAGGCUGUGGGGACUUGACAGUUUUCUCUGAUCCAAAGCAUCCUUGUUAACAGUAACUACCUAACCGGAGAAUUGGUCCUCAGAGCUCUAGUCCUACCUCUGACCCUCCUUCGCUGGGUUGCCCUUCAUCUCUCAGCCUCGGUUUCCUCCUCUCUAAAAUGGGAACAAUAAGAGCAACAGUUACUUCCGGUUUGUUAGGGGGACCAGGUUACAGAACAGGAGAGAGAAACUUACAGGGCUGUUGACAGGUUUGACUGGGAAACACCCUGGAAGAGAAUUCCAGUCCCGGAAAAUCUAGACUCUCCCUUUCCCUUGAUCUUCCUGGACUCUCAGCCUCUUUCCAACCUCUGCUAUACUUUUCAUUACAUGUCCUGCCGAAAACCAAAGAGUAGCGGCUUAACGUGUUUACAGCAAAAAGAUCCCUUAUUUGCACCAGAUGGUGUGCUGCUAAUAUGGGACAAGAAUCAAAAUCUCCUUAACCUGGGGUUGUCCCUCUUCUCUUCUCUUUUGAGGGAAUGACUUUCACACUUGAAAGGUGAGAACAAACAUGGCGGAGAAGCAUUUAAAGCCUGAGAGGGAGGAAGAGAUUUCAAAACACACACACGCCCAGCUUUCUAGGCUCAAGUAUAUUAAGUGCCACAUAACAGAGGCUGUUUACAGAUGACACCUGUGGGAUCAUUGUCAGGAAUCUCUGAAAUGAAGAUUGUAAGAUAGGAAAAUAAUUUUCAAAAGGAGAGAGGAGGAGGAAGAAAAGGAUAGUAAGGACAUUAUUGAGCUUGAGGUAUGUCCGGAGGAAAAUUCUAGGUCCCAUUAAGAAAGAAAUCAGUGACUAUUAGGCACCAGCACGGGUUCACUAAGAAUAAAUUGUACCAGAUCAACCUCAUUUUAUUUUUUUUUUUAAACCCUCACCUUCCAUCUUGGUAAUGGGGGUUAAGUGACUUGCCCAGGGUCACACAGCCAGGAAGUGUCUGAGGCCAAAUUUGAACCCAGGACUUCCCAUUUUUAGGCCUGACUCUCAAUCCACUGAGCUACCCAGCUGCCCCCCUAAUUUUCUUUUUCUGAUAGUUUUUACUAGAGUGGUCAGUUCAGUCUUUUUUAUAUGGUGUGCCUGGACUUCAUGCAUUUUACUAAUCUCUCUGAAGAAAGUGGAGGAGAAAUCGAGUCAAGUCAGGGGCCAGUCAGGUGGAUGUGUAAAUGUUUAAAAUCUGCUUAAAAGAUUGUCAACUGGAGAGUUACCUCUAGUGCUGCUGCUCCUGCUUCUGCUGCUGCUAACAAUCUCCAGGUAUUUGAAAGGCUAAACAAAAAGCGCUCAGUGCACCUUGCCAGGGAGCUUUCUUCUCGAAAGACCAACACCUUGCCCUUCUCACACCGUGCCCCAGUGAGGAAAGAAUAUUGUGCUGUAUCAUUGCUCUGCUCCAUCCUUUUCCUCAUUUUGCCACAUCCCUCUCAUGGAAGGCAGGCCGUUUCCGAAGGGCAGCCCUCCUGGGGGAACACGUCUCUUCUCCUUGCUUUCCUUUCAUCAGUUAGGGGUGACCUGCUCUACAAGAGGAAGCCCCAACAAGGGAGAACCUGAUGGAGAUGGCUUUGGUUUUUCUAGCCAGGAUUGGGUUCCAUAAAGCAACAAGCAUUCCUUGAAUGUCCAAAGAGGGGUGCAAUCAACCACAGGUGAAGGCCAACCCUCUUUUUCCUGCUGUAGACUAAUUCUGUCCCAACAGAAUGAGUUCUGGAAUCCCACCCCCAUGAAGUAAUAUGGAGGAGCUGAGAACGCUUAACCCACUUUGUCAUUAAUAUGGCCACCAAUGGGAGAACUGCCUUGCCUUUGUCAGGGCAAAACAGAAGGAUGGUUUUUAAGUCUAGGUUUAAAAGCCAUGCCAUCCUCAAGAGGGGCCAUUGCUUGCCUAAUGUAAACCUCAAAUUUCCUUAGACUUAUAAAUGUUGGAAAUUUCACCAUUGGGAUAUUUCAUACUUGGAAAAUUUCUUACUGAUAGUCUAUUGGAAUGGGAACUCCAUUGGCAUGGGAGGUUCCUUCUCUUCCCUUCUUAAGAUUACUUUAGGACAGAAACCCUUUGCUGAACAAUGGAAAGGACUUUGAUCUAUGCUUAAGCAUAGAACAGGAAUUUCUUUGAGUCUUGAUUGAUUUUAGAAUUGAUACAAUGGAGAUACUCCACCCUAUUCAGUCCUAAUAAGAUUGAGUAAGGGCUGCAGCCUAGAUCAAAAUUUAAUUAUUCCAAUCUCUACCAUACUCAAGUUAACAGGAUUUAGAAAGGGCUGGAACAAAGGAGUAAAGAUUUAAUCAUUUGAAAAAUAUGACCUUCAACAGACAUGUGCAAAAGCCAGAAACCUCUAGGCGGUCCUGGGUUAAGCGAGAGCCUCCAUUGACAGGGAAAUUGAUGAAGAGUGAUUGGUAGAUGUGAGGACUGAGGGGAGGCAACUUGGAUGGUGUCCUUAAAGAUAGGAGGGUGGAGUUUUUGAGCGGUGUGGUUCCUGGGCUCUGGGGAAGCUUGCUCUGAAGGAAGCUGAAGGUGGGGGCCUCUGAGACUGUUUCUCCAUUUUGGACACGCUGCCUAUUCCCAAACUUGAAGACACCAUGAAGAGAUACCUCAGUGCCCAGAGACCUCUUUUAGAUGACAGCCAGUUCAGGAAGACGGAGCAGCUCUGCCGGUCCUUUGAAAGUGGACUUGGCCAAGCACUACAUGCCCAACUGGUUGCUCAGGACAAACAGAAUAAACACACCAGCUACAUCUCAGGUCCCUGGUUUGACAUGUACCUCUCUGCCCGCGACUCCGUUGUUCUGAAUUUUAACCCGUUCAUGUCUUUCAACCCUGACCCAAAGCCCGAUUAUAACGACCAGCUCACGCGCGCGACCAACCUCACAGUGUCGGCCGUGCGCUUCAUGAAGACCCUCCGGGCCGGCCUGCUGGAGCCCGAGGUGUUCCACCUGGACCCCGCCAGGAGCGACACGGACGCUUUCAAGCGGCUGAUCCGCCUCGUGCCUUCAUCCCUGGCCUGGUACGGGGCCUACAUGGUCAAUGCCUACCCCUUGGACAUGUCCCAGUAUUUCCGACUUUUCAAUUCGACUCGCUUACCCAAGCCUGGCCGAGAUGAGCUGUUCACCAGGGAGAAGGAGAAGCACCUGCUCGUGCUGAGGAAUGGGAAUUUCUACGUCUUUGACGUCCUGGACCGGGACGGCAACGUGCUCCGAGCAGCCGAAGUCCUCGCCCACCUCGGGCACAUCCUCUCCGACGGCAGCCCCCCUCCCCAGUUCCCUCUGGCCUAUCUGACCUCUGAGAACCGCGACGUCUGGGCCGGCCUGAGGCAGGAGCUGCUGAACAACGGCAACGAGGAAGCCCUUGGGAAAGUGGACUCGGCCCUGUUCUGCCUGUGUCUGGACGGCUUCCCCAUCGCAGACCUGGCCCACUUGUCCCAUACCAUGCUGCACGGAGAUGGGGCGAACCGAUGGUUUGACAAGUCCUUCAGCCUCAUCGUGGCCAAGGAUGGCAACACCGCCAUCAACUUCGAGCACUCCUGGGGCGAUGGCGUGGCCGUGCUGAGGUUCUUCAACGAGGUGUUCAAAGACAGCACCCAGAGCCCCGCCGUCACGCCCCAGGCCCGGCCCGCUCCCGUCGACUCCUCGAGGGCCGUGCAGAAGCUUGACUUCAGACUGAACGAUACCUUGAAGGCUGGCAUCGCCAGAGCCAAAGAGAAGUUCGACUCCACCAUGCAGACCCUCACGGUGGACAGCAUUCAGUUCCAACGAGGAGGUAAAGAGUUCUUGAAGAGGCACAAAAUCAGUCCGGAUGCCGUGGCCCAGCUUGCCUUCCAGAUGGCCUUCUUCCGGCAGUACGGACAGACCGUGGCCACCUACGAGUCCUGCAGCACGGCGGCGUUCAGACACGGCCGCACGGAGACCGUCCGUCCAGCUUCUGUGUUCACUAAGAGAUGCUCCGAGGCGUUUGUCCGAGAGCCUUCCGGGAGCAGCCCAGACCAGCUGAGAGACAUGAUUGCCCAGUGCUCCAAGUACCACAACCAGCUGACAAAAGAAGCCGCGAUGGGCCAGGGCUUCGACAGACACUUGUUUGCUUUGAAAUACCUGGCAGCAGCCGAAGGCCACCCCCUGCCCGACAUAUACCAGGACCCCGCCUACGGGCAGAUAAACCACAACAUCCUGUCCACCAGCACCCUGACCAGCCCUGCUGUGAACAUCGGCGGCUUUGCCCCUGUCGUCCCCGAUGGCUUUGGCAUCGGCUAUGGGGUCCACGAGGACUGGAUUGGGUGCAACAUCUCCUCCUACCCUGGGCGGGAUGUCAGGGAGUUCCUCCGGUGUGUGGAUAAGGCCCUGGGUGACAUCUUUGACGUCCUGGAAGGGAAACCGGUCAGGAGUUAGUGGGGACAGUUGAGGCUUUUAAGUGCGUAGCUGGGACACCCCAUCUCUCGUGAGAACCAGGCGUGGGGAGGGGGCUGGUUGGGAGUGUCCGUGAGCUCUAGAAUCAUGAAAUGUCUGAGUGACGAAUGUGAUCACAUUUUAAUUUAAAAAUCAUGAGUCCAGCCACCAUGAUGGCUAUUCAGAGCAAGAUGGAUUGCAUGAGUUAAAUGGUGAAUCGUGAUUUGGGGGGGCCACAGCUGGUGUUUCUCCCAGACGGGUAAAGUGUCUCCACAGGGAUGGCCUGCGGUUGUUAGACAUCCAUCUUCCUGCAAUAAACCUCUCUGGAGACCCA